AGAAGAACCCAAAUCCACAAUGGACGCAUGCGUGGUGGAUGCAUGGACGUAUUAGACCCUAUGAUUAGACCCAUAUGUAUUAGACUUGUCAAAGCAAUUCCAUAACCCAUAAUUACCAUAUGGAUGUAUUUUACUCUUGAUGACUGUCGUAGCUCUUCGUUCAUUGUCUCAACCAAUAUGGCGCUUGAAAAACUCAGGAAAGAAGAAACUCUCGCAAUGAGGAAGAGAUUAAUCGGGCAGUCAUGUAGACUAUUUUAUUCAGACGACCCUGUGAAAAUAAUGAAAGCAAGAGGCCAAUACCUGUUCGAUGAAAAUGGCAAGCGCUAUCUGGACUGCAUCAGCAACGUUCAUCAUGUGGGCCACUGUCACCCCAGCAUUACAAAAGCUGCAGCAGAACAAAUGGACCUCCUGAACACAAAUGCACGAUUCCUGCACGACAACAUAGUCAUGUAUGCAGACCGCCUGGCUGCCACCCUGCCUGAGAAACUGUGUGUCUUCUACUUUGUUAACUCUGGUUCAGAGGCCAAUGAUCUUGCCCUACGCUUGGCACAGCAGUACACCCAACAUCAGGACGUCAUUGUGCUUGACCAUGCGUACCAUGGGCAUCUAAUGUCCCUCAUCGACAUUAGUCCUUACAAGUUCCGGAAACUGGCAGGACAGAAAGAAUGGGUUCAUGUGGCACCCAUACCAGACACCUACAGAGGCAUAUACAGAGAGCAUCACCCCAACCCUGGCCAAGCAUACGCUGACACUGUGAAAGACCUAAUAGAGGAGGUGCACAGGAAAGGUCGUAAGAUCUCUGCCUUCUUUGCUGAAUCAUUGCCAAGUGUUGGAGGACAAAUAAUCUUGCCCGAAGGAUACUCAAGUAAAGUUGCAGAAUAUGUGCGCUCAGCUGGUGGAGUGUUUGUGGCAGACGAGGUGCAGACAGGCUUUGGUCGUGUGGGAAGUCAUUUCUGGGCUUUUCAGCUGCAGGGGGAGGGUUUCUGUCCCGACAUAGUGACCAUGGGUAAACCGAUGGGCAAUGGGCAUCCCCUGGCAUGUGUGGCAACCACCGUAGAGAUAGCUGGAGCUUUCACAGCCAACGGAGUGGAGUACUUCAACACGUUUGGAGGGAAUCCAGUGUCCUGUGCAAUUGGCCUGGCAGUACUUGAUGUGAUAGAGAAAGAGGACCUAAGAGGAAACGCCACAAGGGUGGGAGCACAUCUUAAGGAUUUGCUCACAAAGCUACAGACACAACAUCAAAUAAUUGGCGAUGUCAGAGGUGUAGGGCUGUUUGUGGGUCUUGAGCUGGUUUCAGACAGGGAUCAGAAGACUCCAGCCACAGAAACAGCAGCACGGGUAGUGAAGAGGUUAAAAGAGGAGGAUCAAAUCUGCGUCAGUACAGAUGGCCCCUGGGAAAACGUCGUCAAGUUUAAACCUCCUAUGUGUUUCAGUAUGGAGGACGCAGAACUGGCAGUACAAUGUAUUGACCGCAUCCUCACAGACGAGAAGGAAGCCAGUGACAUUUAAACUGGAAAAGGAAGACAUCUAAGGUGUUCAGUGCAGUCGCCUCACUGAUGAAACCUAGCCUAUUGGAGGUCAACAAAUUUAAAUGAUGCCAGCUACAGCACAUUGUUACCAAAACCACCUGAAAGAUGACAAGGUGCUAAUGUGACACUAAUGACUCCCAAAAAUAAACUUAUCAAGAAACUAAUAAACAGUAGGUUUUUUUUUUUUAAA